AUGAAGACUAACGGCUCUGCGUUUCGCUUUAGUGUUGUUCUUCUUGCCCUUUUUCUGUGUUGGGAAUCUGGGAUGGUGUGUUCUUUGUCCGUGAAGGGAUUAAUCAGGAUGAGGGAUGGCGGUGUUCUGGGUGGGAUUGGUCAUUACGGAGGAACCCAGAACAAUGGAGAAAUCGAAAGCCUCGGGCGCUUCGCGGUUCAAGAACACAACAAGAAUGAGAAUGCACUUCUUGAAUUCGGGAGAGUAAUUAAGGCUAAAGAACAGGUAGUUUCUGGUAUGUUGUAUCAUCUGACUCUUGAGGUAGUGGAUGCUGGGAAGAAGAAAAUCUAUGAAGCUAAAGUUUGGGUGAAGCCCUGGAUAAACUUCAAAAAGCUGGAGGAAUUCAAGCAUAUCAGUUAUGUCUCUCCUCUUGCUUCAUCUGUAAAUUGA